AAAAAAAAGUGAAUUCUUUGCCAUCACAUAUCUUUAAUUAAAGGUGACAACUUGACAGCACAAACACUCCUACAUGACUUCACCUGAAAUGCGCUCUGACAGCCGUUAGACUAAAUGUCGGGGCAGUAAACCUGAAUGCCAACCCACCACGCCCGGUACUGUGAUGCUGGCGAGUCGCAUCUUUCCACCCACCUGUUCGGCCGCUCCCACCACCUGGAAGGAAGGUAUAAAGCGUCAUGCGAGCCUCUGAAACUCACCUCUUCCUCACCACUCGUUGGGUUUGACAGGUUCCAGUGCUCUCUGCACCUGAGUCAGAAGAAACGUCACCAUGGCCUAUCGCCCCAAUAUGUCUCUGUAUUCUAUGCCCACAAUGAGCGCCAGACGGGGUGGAAGCGUCUAUGGCGGAGCAGGUGGCAAAAACGUCAAGGUGUCCUACGCCUCCAACGGCAUUGACAUGUCAAUGUUUGGAGGUGGUGGUGGUGGUGGCGGCGGCAGUUUUUCCACUGCCGGCGGAGAGAAACAGACCAUGCAGAACCUCAAUGACCGCUUGGCCUCCUACCUGGAAAAGGUGCGCCUUCUAGAGGCCGCCAAUGCAACGCUGGAGAGUCAGAUCCGCGAGUGGUACUCCAACCAGACCCCCACCGUCAGGGACUACAGCAAGUAUGAGGCUAUCAUCGAGGACCUGCGCAGAAAGAUCAAUGCUGCCACACAGGACAAUGCCAGGCUGAUGCUGCAGAUCGACAAUGCCAGACUUGCAGCAGAGGACUUUAAGAUCAAGUAUGAAAAUGAGCUGGCAGUCCGUACUUCAGUGGAGGGAGACAUCCUUGGACUGCGCAAGGUCCUGGAUGACCUGACCAUGGCCAGGUCUGACCUGGAGAUGCAGGUGGAGGGUCUGAAGGAGGAGCUGGUCUACCUGAGGAAGAAUCAUGAAGAGGAACUUGCAGCCUUGCGUAGCCAAAGCAGCAACAAUGUGAACGUGGAGGUGGAUGCAAGGCCUCAGGAUGACCUGACCAAGACCCUGGAUGGCAUCAGAAGUCAGUACGAGGGUAUCGCAGAGAAGAACCGGAAGGAAAUGGAGGUCUGGUACAAGGUCAAGUUUGAUGAACUAAACAAGCAGAUUGGAACCAACACAGAGUCCCUCCAGUCCUCCAAAAGUGAGAUCAGCGAAUUGAGGAGGACCCUGCAGGCCCUGCAGAUCGAGCUGCAGUCCCAGCUCAGCCUGAAAUCUGCCUUGGAGGAACAGCUCGGAGAGACAGAGUCCCGCUACAGCCUGCAGCUCAGCCAGCUCCAGAACAUGGUCAACAGCCUGGAAAAUGAGCUCAGCCAGAUGCGGGCAGACAUCGAGAGGCAGUCCCAAGAAUACCAGAUGCUCCUCGACAUCAAGACCAGACUGGAGUUGGAGAUCGCUGAGUACAGAAGGCUGCUGGAUGGAGGGGAUGUGAAAAGUACAGUGACUACCACUUCUUACAGUAGAAAAGAAGAAGUCGUGAAACCUAAGCCAAUCAUAACCCAGAGGACGAGGGUGGUGAUUGAGGAGAUCGUUGAUGGACGAGUGGUGUCCAGCACAGUGGAUGAGGGCACAGAGAUCCGCAAAAAUUAGACAGACUGGAUCCUCAAAGAUCCAGAUUGAAAUAAAAAAAUAGCUUACAUAGGCCCUUCAAUUUUUUUCUCUGUUUCUGACGAACAUCUGAUGUUCCCUCUUUCUAAAGUUUGAGAUCAACCAGGGUGAAUAUGUUGUGCUGUUAUUCCCCUCAGGUCAAGUAUAAAAUAUUUAUUUCUCCAAGUAUUUAUAAGGUGCUCCUAAGUUGAAUUUUUGUCAUUAAACAAGAUAAAUUGUAUUUUUAAAUUUUUUAUAAAAUUAUAAUAUUCUGCCCCCAAAUUCAAUAAUAAAAAAAAACAAAACGUGUUUCUCCCCAAUUACCCAAGAAAACGGAAUGAAGUUAUACUGGCCCGACUUCCUCUUGAAAUACCACAUAUAGAAACUAGGUGGCACUGUGGGUCCUGUGUGAUAAGAAGAGAGAUGGGUCACAGAUACAAUACAAAGGUUUGGAAGAAUAUUUGUGAAUGUGUUCAUGGUGAUAUUUGCAUGUAAAAGGUUUUUUGUAGCUUUUUGCUGGAAGAAUCAUUGCAGUGGCAUUUUCUCCUGAUUAAAAACACACGUCUCAUAAGCCAUUUUGGGAUUUGCUGUGUAGGGGAUCAUUGGAUCUUUGCUUUUCUUAAUUUCCUGAAGAGAAUAAACAUGUGCUCUUUCCCAUA